AGUAUUAAAACCACAAGAUUUCUAUGCAGCCGUCUGGCAGUGCAGGGUUAAGCGCUGUGCAUAUUAGUGUUGUCUUCUCAGUCUCCUGGCAACGCUGACAUUACUGAGGGACGUCAGAUCCGGGAGAGACCAACCAAGGCAUUGAGAGACACCUGUGACAGGCUGAGACAUGAGCAGCCAGUGAGACGACCACCUGAGUGACAGCAAACAUGUUGUAGAGAGACUGGCAGGGGGGGGGGAAAGCAACAUUUUCGAAGAGAGAGUCACUGGAUCCAAAGCAAACAGACAGGAGGCAGAUGGUGCAUCUGAGAUGGGAUGGAAAUUAACCUGCAGUCGAAAAAAGUGAGUGACUGAAACAAGUUGAUAAACAUAACAACCGAUCUGCCGGAACACAACACCACCUCAUUUUGGUUAAAAAACUUCUGAGAAGGAUGGAUCAGAUUCAAGAAUAUUCAAAAUAUUAAAAAUAAAUAGUUGUCCUCAUAACACGAGAGAUCUGUUAGAAGAACGAAGAAGGAACGCCAACGAAUACAGCGAUCUGCUCAACGAGGAAAACGAACGAGGAGCUUCAAAUAAAGGAAACAAUUUCGUUCAAAAUAAAAUGAAGACGUUUUGUUAAUCUGCUGCCACUUCGGUCCCGGAGAGACGAACAGAAAAGACCUCAUGAAAUAAUUUAACAGAUGGCGAGAGACAUCUGCAGUGUGUGAGAUUGAGGUAUGGAAUGACACCUGUUAGACUGCUCCAGAGUGAUGAAACGCUGAGGGAUUGAGUGACUCCAGUCUCCGAACGAUGGGCAUUUUUACGAGAGAGAUCAGGAGGUCCAGCUAAAAGGAUUACACAGAAGAUCUGGCAUGUGGAAGUAUCUCAUGGGAGCCUUUGAAGAAGUUGUCCACAUCCAAAAUGCCAUGACAAAUCUUGAAGCCUUUGGGCAAUGAAUUCAGAGCCAGGUACGCUUCACCCCUCUCCACGGGGUUCCAUCCAUCAGUCGUUAACCGGAUCCAUCCACUCCUCAUCCUCCAGUUCCAUUUGCUCCGGAGACAUUGGUCGCGUGCUCUCUUCCAAUGUCCGCCGACUCCAUGGAGCCCUAAACCGACUCCUAAGCGAACAGGAGAGGGAACAGCUUUUGCACUGUUUGCGACUCUACCAUUCUCGUAGGAAUGUUUUUGACCUGGUAAGGACACUGCGCCUUAUUCUGCGCCCCCAGGACCAGAGGCAACUUUUCCCAAUGCUACGCCUUGUUAUUCCACGUUCUGAUCAAUUAUUGUUUGAUCAGUACACCUCAGAGGGACUAUACAUAAAGGAUUUGCCUUCAGGACCUUCUGGAUACAAUUCAGUUUUAGGUGAUGGUGGUGUGUCAGCAUUUAGUAACCCAAUAUCAGGGACAGCACAGGCCUUUAACUUGUCUAUCCCAGGCACUAAUCCUGCCUUUAGUAUCCCAGUUCCAGGGACAGCUCCUGCCUUUAACACUCCAAGACAAGGAGCUGGUCCUGCCUUCAAUAUAUCAGUACCAGGGACAGCUCCUGCCUUUAGCACUCCAAGACAAGGAGCUGGUCCUGCCUUCAAUACAUCAGUACCGGGGACAGCUCCUGCCUUUAGCACUCCAAGACAAGGAGCUGGUCCUAUCUUCAAUCCUUCAGUCCCAGGUACAGCUCCUGCUUUUAGUACCCAAGCACCUGGUCCUACAAUACCUGGAGCAUCAUAUCCUGGAGGACCACCAGUCUACAAUAACUCCCCAUCUGCUGCCCCCAAGCCUGAGGUUUGUGAGGUUCAUCAGGUCCUACUUAAAAGAAACAAAAACCAAGAGGGACUUGGUUUUAGUAUCCGCGGAGGUGUAGAACAUGGCACAGGCAUCUACGUGUCACUGGUUGAACCUGGAUCUUUGGCAGAAGAAGAAGGACUUAAAGUCGGGGAUCAAAUUCUAAAAGCGAAUGGGCGAUCUUUAGACAGGGUCAGCCAUAGUGAAGCCGUUAAGGCUCUGCGGGGCUCUCAGAAGUUGGUACUGUCUGUACUCUCCUCGGGCCGGGUUCCCGCUGGACAUGUCUCAAGUCACAUUUACACCUGGAUUGACCCACAGGGACAUAGCGUCUCCCCUCCAGAAGGACCACCGUACCUGCACAGCCCCUCUGCAGGCGUCCCAGAGAAGGAAAAGAGGAGCCACCUACAGCUGCUACAGGAGGGGGAUGAGAAGAAGGUGAACCUGGUACUGAGUGAGGGAAGGUCCCUUGGCUUACUCAUUCGUGGAGGUGCCGAGUACUCCCUCGGGAUUUACAUCACUGGUGUGGAUCAGGGCUCAGAGGCUGAAAGUGUCGGCUUAAAGGUAGGAGAUCAAAUCCUGGAUCUAAAUGGCAUAAGCUUCCUCUCCAUUCCUCAUGAUGAGGCUGUUAGAAUUCUUCGCUCCUCUCGACAUCUUAUAAUGACUGUGAAGGAUGUGGGUCGAGUUCCUCAUGCUCGCACUACAGUAGAUGAGACUCAGUGGUUAAGUAGCUCGUAUGCUGGAGAUCCUCACUCAUCUACAGGGAUUCUGGGAAAUUCCUCCACCGAAACCAGCACAAAGCCAGUCUUCUACCGAGCACCUGCCGGGUCACAGGUCACGCUAAGCAGUCUGGGUAAUCAGUCCGUGGUGGCCCUAGAAGAGAGGGCGCGUCUAUUGCUUACUGAACCUGAAAGAAGCACGAUGAAUUACUACCUCCAACAGUACAAAGACCUCCACAUCUCAGUGCAGGCCUUCGUAAUGGCUAUGUUUGAGCUUCUCAACACCCAAGCCAAGUUCACUCUGCUGUCUGAGCUACGGCCCCAGAUCUUUCCUCAUGACUUGGCUGUAUUUGACAACAUGGUGUUGAAGCGAGAAAUUGAGUCUAUGAAAUCUCGGCAUCGAUCUGGAGACACAGCCUCUGUCUUAUCUCAGAGUCCAAGCACAUCAUCCACCGAGAGCCACCAGACGGUCAGCACCGCGAGCACUGCCCGGGAGCGUCUCCUAUGGCUGCUGGAUGUUAUGGAGAAUGGAGCAGAUCCCGAGGGAAGUGCCGACUCUGGAAGCCUGAGAACAACUCUGCCUGACAUCUCUCUGGAUGAUGUCAACUCGCUCUUAGAGGAGCCUCCGUCAUUUCGGCCAGCUCCACCCCCUCCUCUUGCAGAAGAAUCAUCUUCCGUGCUCAGAAGGCAAAAUGGAGAGCGAGCGCCACGUCCUUCUUCUGGUUCAUCACAGUCCGGGCUCUUCUUCACUGCCCCCGCCCAUCCCAGUCCACCAUUGCCCCCUCUGAAAUCACCCCCAACCCCAAGCCCUCCGCUUCCUCCUCUCACUACACCGCCCACCUCUCCUUAUACCCAAAAUCCAAACCAGGCGAUAUAUGCCACCAUUUCACCCAGAACACAGACUUCGCCACGUCCUGCAGCCCAGCUGGCUCUGGUCACGCAGGUACCUCUACCCCCCUUCCCAAGGGUCCAGUCCCCUACCAGGUUAAAGCCUAUGAUGGAAAGCCCCCCACAUUCUGCUUCUUCUUUGCAUCCUGAUCAAUCAGAGGCUCACACUACGCAACAUUUUGUCAUGGUGGAGGUUCACCGGCCCAACAGCGAGCCUGAUGUGAAUGAGAUACGAGCUGUACCACAAUCACGAGCCGUCUUGCCCAUCUCCCCCCCGGCAUCCCUCUCCCAGCUCUCGGACAGCGGGCAGACUCUGAGCGAGGACAGCGGAGUGGACGCAGGAGAAGUUGGUGGAGGCAGCAAAGACAGCAGUCCUCAGCCACAGAAAUCUAAAGGAGCGGAGAACAUGACAAAACCACCAGGUCUGCUAAAGCCUUCUGCCACCUUAAUACGGGUCAUGAAAAGUGCACCUACCCUGGGGAUCGCUAUAGAAGGAGGAGCCAAGACACGCCAGCCACUGCCACGUAUUGUAACUAUACAGAGAGGAGGCUCGGCACACAAUUGCAGUAAACUGAGGGUGGGUCAAGUCAUCCUAGAAGUCAAUGGAAUCUCCCUUCAAGAUAAAGAACACAGAGAGGCCGCCAGGAUCAUCGCUGAAGCCUUCAAGACCAAAGAGAAGGAUUAUAUGGACUUUCUGGUUACAGAGUUUAACGUGUCGCUAUAGUGGCGCUCUAUGGCGUCCAUGUCAGCGUAUAACCCAGCCAGGGGUCAGUGCCACGAGAAACAAGUACUAUAUGCUACUUUGUAUACUGUGUAGCUGCCAUCUGUGUGCUCUUGCUACAUAUGUGCUCCCUCCGUCAGCCUUGUGGCUUAUGUACUCCCUGUUUAUGAUAAGUCUGAUGUCAUGCUGGAGCUGGGACCGAAAAAAAAAAGGAGAGGUCAGUAGUUAAAAACAUACUAAGGGCACCUUAAGAUAGAACCUUACAGUAUUCACACUGACCACGCUGGAAGGUAGGUCAAGUCACUGCUGAGAUCUUUGGUCUGAUGGAAAGGCAGAUCCAACAUUUGUGUGUGAAAAGUUCGGGUGUGAAAAGAGUCGAAGGGUUAGGGCAUAUAAACCUCGAAUUGAACACAAUUCCUUUGUUAUUUUGAUGAAUGGAUCAUAUACGGAGACUUUCAAGUAUGCUUGAAAAUCUUUGCUACAGAUGUAGGUGACUUUCUGUGCUCAGAAGAGGUCAUGUUUGCAUGGUCAACCAGUGCAAUAUGCAAUUUUCACUAGCAAUGUCAGGAUCGGUCAUAUUAUUGGUAUGGGUGGACACCAGUAAGCUGAAUCAACCACUGGCCUCCUACAUCUUUUAGAGAAACCUUUAAUAAGGAAAAGCUCUGAUUGGGUUCCUGCCAUGGCAGUCUCAUGCCUCCAGCGCAUUCUCUGUAGCUAAAAUGAUUAAAAAAAUAUUAGCAUGCAGCACAACUGAUUGGCUCAGAAUCCCACCCACUCUCCCUGUCUGAGUGGUGUUGUGCAGGGGAUUUCAAGAUGCUGAAAAUCAAGUGAAAUUCAGAUUCUUACACUACUUGCAUUUAAAAAAAUCCAUUAAUUUAUACAAAGUUGUAUCAACUUGUGCCCGGAAUUUAGCUUUCUUCACCUAUUUUCUUCGUCUUGUUGACUCCAGCAGUAAGAUUUUCUCAACCACACUACCAUUCCCCCCAAAGACGCCAUUUGAAGUGGCUGUCUCAAGCGGCACUAAUGGUGGCAUUGUGGGGUUGCGGGGGUGAUGACACUGAGGCCGUAUUGUACAUUUCGACGGGUGCUGGGAGGAAGGCCCGGGGUGGGAGAUGGGAGGAAGGACCGGAGCGGGAGAUGGGUGGAAGGCCCGGGGCAGGAGCUGGGAGGAAGGACCGGGGCGGGAGCUGGGAGGAAGGACCGGGGCGGGAGCUGGGAGGAAGGACCGGGGCGGGAGCUGGGAGGAAGGACCGGGGCGGGAGCUGGGAGGAAGGACCGGGGCGGGAGCUGGGAAGAAGGCCCAGGGCGGGAGAUGGGAGGAAGGUCUGGGGCUGGAGAUGGGAGGAAGGACCG